UUUUAUAGACCCUGAAACGGCUGUGGGUAGCCACGGUCACGCGGUUCUUCUUUGUUCCUGUUCUUCUGGUUGAAACCUGAUUUCUUCAGUCCAUCUUCCGAGCAGGUGAAGCCUGAGGGGCAGUACAGACGUAGAAAUCUCCGACCUGUUCCUCCUCCAGCGAUUCCUGUUAAAUCACCAGAAAAGUUUUAAGAAAUGACACCAGCUGUGUCAUCAUCCACAGAAUUGGACAACUGCUCUGGGUGGAGCAUCAUUGUUUAAUGAGGUGCUCCAGGUAAUGCUAAGGAGUUUGUGAAUGUCUGUGGGAGAAGAGAGCACCUAAAAAGAAGAAAGAAAACUCAGUGUGGUUUCCAUGUGGGAGCUCUUUAUACCUGACUCUCCUUUGAUAAAGGACUGGAGAAAGUGGCCUUUUCAGCAUUUCCAGGUUUCUUUUGCUUGUGAGUGUGGUGGAAGCAGGAAAAGGGGCUGUGUUGAGGCCUUUGAAGGCACGUUGUCAAAAUGCAGAUGUGACUCCUCUGCAUGUCAUCACCUGAGAAAAGAACCAAGAGCAGGAGCAGGACCACGAGGACAUGGCUGCUUCUCAGGGAUUGUUGACCUUCAGGGACGUGUCAGUAGAUUUCUCUUGGGAGGAGUGGGAAUGCCUGGACCCAGGUCAGCGGAAGUUGUACGUGGAUGUGAUGUUGGAGAACUACAGGACCCUGCUCUCCCUGGGUCUGUUUGUCUCUAAGCCAGUUCUGGUCACCUUUUUGGAGCAAAUGAAGGAGUGCUGGAUUAUAAACAGGGAAAAGAUGGUAUCUGCCCCUCCAGCUGUGUCAUCUGAAGACAACGAGGCCUUGUUGAGAAAGCCAGGGAUAGAAGAUUUUUUCUCUAAAGUAAUACUGAGUACAUAUAGUGAAGACAGAAGUUAUCAAGGUAAUGAACAUUGGAAAACUUUUGACCAUGGCUUUAAUCCUUACAGACAUCAGAAUCUUCAGCUUCCAGACAACCAUUAUGAAGACCAAAAACUCUUUGACAAAAUGUCAAAUUACAGUACACAUCAGGUUAUUCCUAUUGUGGAGGAAACACACAAACAAGGUAGAUGUGUCCAGUCUUUGAAGCAGUCCUCCAAUCACAUUAAACAAGGGAAUAUUGGUACCAGUGAAGUCACUUACCAAUGUGUACCAUGUAGCAGAGUCUUCAGUCAUAUACUCAAUCGAAAUAGACUUAAGAAAUGCCAGACUGUAGAAAGCCAUUAUGAAUAUAAAGAAUGUGGAAAAACAUUCAAUUGGCUUUCAGAUCUUAGUGUACAUCAGAAAAUUCAUAUGGGAAAGAAGUUCUACAAAUAUAAAUUGUGUGGCAAAGACUUUACAAGACAUUCAUGUUUUAGUGCACAUGAGAAAAGAAUUCAUACUGGGGAGAAACAUUACCAGUGCAGAGAAUGUGGUAAAGCCUUUAGCAAGUUGUCAUACCUUAAGCGGCAUGAAAGAAUUCAUACGGGAGAAAGGCCUUAUCAAUGUAGAGAAUGUGGUAAAGCCUUUAGCCAGUCUUCAGGGCUUAUUCAACAUCAGAAAAUUCAUAUUGGGGAAAAGCCUUAUAAAUGUAGAGAAUGUGGUAAAGCCUUUAGCAAAUUGUCAUACCUUACACGGCAUGAGAAAAUUCAUACGGGAGAAAGGCCUUAUAAAUGUAGAGAAUGUGAUAAAACCUUUAUGUGGUUGUCAGACCUUACACGACAUGAGAACAUUCAUACUGGUGAGAAGCUUUAUCAAUGUAGAGUGUGUGGUAAAGCUUUUAAGCAGUCCUCAAAACUUAAAUGCCAUCACAGAAUUCAUACUGGAGAGAAGCCAUAUAAAUGUAAAGAAUGUGAUAAAUCGUUUCGCCAGUCCUCAGCCCUUAUUUACCAUCAGAAAAUUCAUACUGGAGAGAAGCCUUAUAAAUGUAGAGAAUGUGGUAAAGCCUUUAUGGAGUCCUCAGUCCUUUCUAAACAUCAGAGAAUUCAUACUGGGGAGAAGCCUUAUAAAUGUAGAGAAUGUGGUAAAGACUUUGCCUGGUACUCAUCACUUAAUUUACAUCAGAGAAUUCAUUCAGGUGAGAAGCCUUAUAAAUGUAGAGAAUGCGGUAAAGACUUUGCCCGGUCCUCAAAACUUAAUCAACAUCAGAGAGUACAUUCGGGAGAAAAGCCUUACAAAUGUAGAGAAUGUGGUAAGGACUUUGCCCGGUCCUCAAAACUUAAUCAACAUCAGAGAAUUCAUUCAGGGGAGAAGCCUUAUAAAUGUAGAGAAUGUGGUAAAGCCUUUACGGAGUCCUCAAGCCUUACUAAACAUCAGAGAAUUCAUACUGGGGAGAAGCCUUAUAAAUGUAGAGAAUGUGGUAAAGAUUUUGCCUGGGGCUCAUCACUUUAUCUACAUCAGAGAAUUCAUUCGGGUGAGAAGCCUUAUAAAUGUAGAGAAUGUGGUAAAGACUUUGCCCAGUCCUCAAAACUUAAUCAGCACCAGAAAAGUCAUGCUGCACAGCCUUAUAAAUGUAGAGAAUGUGGUAAAACAUGUGGGUGUUCCUCCACCCUUAUUCAACAUCAAAGAAAUCAUCCUGAAGGAAAGCCUUACAUAUGUUCAGAAUGUGGUAAAUCCAUUAGCAAGUCCUUAAAUCUUACUCAACAUCAGAAAAUGCAUACUAGAGAGAAACCUUAUAAAUACAGAGAAUAUGGAAAAGCAUUUAGGCAGAUAGAAGCCUUAUAAAUGUAGAGAAUGUGGUAAAGCAUUUAGCAAGUCCUCAUAUCUUAGUCAACUUCAGAACAUUCAUACUAGUGAGAGGCCUUAUCAAUGUGGAGAAUGUGUAAAGCAUUUAGGCAGUCUGUACACCUUACUAAACAUGAAAAAAUUUAUAUGGGAGAGAAGGCUUAUGAAAGUAAGAAUGCUGUAAAGCCUUCAACCAGUCUGCAUACCUUACUCAACAUCAGAUCAUUCAUCCUGUAGAGAUGCCUUGUAUAUAUAGAAAAAUGUGGUAAAUCCUUUAGCGAGUCUGUAACCCAUACUAAACAUCAGAAAGUUCCUACUGGAGAGAAGACUUAAAAAUGAAGAGAAUGUGGCAAAGACUUUAUGAAGGCUUCAACAUUACUAGACAUCAGAAAAUUUAUACUGGAGAGAAGCUUUAUAACUACAGAAUGAAGGAAAGCUUUUAGCCCAUCCUCAAAACUUAAUUGGCAUCAGAGAUUUAAAAUGGGACAGAAGACUUGUAAAUGCAGAGAAUGUAGCAAAGCCUUUAGGUGUUCCUAAAAUCUUAAUCGACAUCAGCGAAUCUAUACUGGAAAGAAGUCUUAUAAAUGUAGAGAAUGUGGUACGGGGCUUAGCCAGUCCUCUCACCUUUCUAAACGUCAGAAUAUUCAUACUGGAAAUAAUGUAUAUUAUGUAGUAAAGCCAUUAGGCUAUCCUCAUACCUUACUGACAUCACAGAAUUCAUGGAGGAUAAAAACUACAAAUGUAGGGCAUGUGUCAUAGCUUUUCACCUGUGCCCAGUACUUCCUCAACAUUGGAGAAUUUAUGCUACAGAGAAACAAGGAAAUUUGAAAAACUUGACAAUACCUUUCACCAUUGUUCAACUGUCAUUCAACAUCAGAGAAGACUUAAAAAUAUAAUGAAUUUGGCCAAGUUCUUUAUCCUUCUUCAUACCUUAAUUCACAUCUGAUAAUUCAUACAGGAGAGAAGCAUAACCAAUAUAUUUAAAAUGUUGCAAAGCUCUAACCAAUAUUGAAACUUGAGUCAACAUCAGAGUUAAUUGUAAAUAAAAACAAUGCAAAUGAAAAUGUUGAAUACUGUUUUUCAGUAUUCACAGCUUAUUUGAUAUAUAAAAAUUCAUACUAGAGCCCUGGCUGGUGUAGCUUGAGUUGACUGAGCACUGGCCUGCAAACUGAAAAGUUGCUGGUUCAUAUCCAGUCAGCGCCCAUGCCUGGUUUGGGAUCCAGGUCCCCAGUUGGGGGCAUGGGAGUGGCAACCAAUGAACACAUCUCUCCCAUGUUAAUAUUUCCCUCCCUUCUCUCUAAAAGUAAAUAAAAUCUUGGUUUCUUGUUUCUGGAUUUUGUUUGUUUGCUUGUUUGUUUUUAGAAGGGUAGGAGAGAGGGAGAGA